AGGAGCACAAAUAUUCCAACUAUUAAUCAUAUUUCAACGACAAGUUUGUGCAAAUUUGAAUUUUGAGUAAAAAAUACUUCAGAAUGAAUAGAAAAUUCGGAAUGAAUAAGGCUUAUGUGCCACCACAUGCCCGCCAGAUGACAUCGCCAGAGAGAUUGAAAAAAAUCCGCAGCCUUGUGUGUUUGAAUGUUCCUCCGCAACUUUUGGACAAGGCUUCCUUCAAAAGGCAUUUUUCCCAAUUUGGGACAGUCACAAAGAUAAACAUUACUGCUGCAAAAAAUUCAGCGCAAGUUCAUUUUGAAACUCAUGAACAAGCAUCUGCUGCCAAACGAAAUGCCGCGAAAGGGUUUCCAGAGAGUUUCCAGCUGUUUUGGUCGCAAGUGCAGCCAAGGAAAUCAUUGGAUUUGGACACAUCUGGUUCUCCUACAAAAAAGGCAACCGCAUCAGGCGCAGCCCAAGAUGUUCAAGAAGAACUGCAAAGUAUGUCCCAGCAAGGAGGAUAUGUCACUUCAGAACGAAGGGAUGAACCAGGCCCAUCUAAGCAGCCCCGCGUGGAAAACAUUUCGAGCAACCCAUUUGCAGGAAAGAGUGAAGCACCACCCAAUCCUUUUGGCAGGCCAAGUGUGUUUGGCCAGCAGUCUCCAAGUCGCAAUUUGUUCCAACCAAAAGAAAACCCACCUCAGCUUUUCCAACUUUCGGAUAAGCCAAAGCCACUUUUUGGAUUACCGCCAGCUAGCCUAAAUCAGCCAGAAUUCCAGAAGUCCAUCUUUGGCACAACUGCCAAGCCGGACGUUCAGUUUCAGACAAACCCCCCGACUGAAGUUCGAUCUUCAAGUGUCAGCAAACCGGCUGUGUUGUCUGUACAGGCUCCUAAAAUGAACACAAAACUCCCUGCAGAAACAUUGACAUUGCUAUCAACUGCAAAGAAAGUGGCAAAUUCGAUUGAGGACAAGCUGGCUGUGCUCGAAGCUCGGGACAAGCUGAUCCGACAGAAGAGGGUGAAGAGCUCCAACUUAGCCUCUGCAACAAAAACUAUAGGAACAUGUCCAGAUAUGUGUCCAGAAAAAGAAAGAUUUUUAAGAAUAGACAGACAUCAAGUUUCUCAGUAUGAGAUCAUAGAUGGAGAGCUAAACCACCAAUUCUUUGUGAAGCAAUACUCGAGAAGCUCUGCUGACCAAGAACUUCCCCUUGCUCAUGAGCUUCGACCAUCACCAGUCCUCCGCAUGACAAUGAAUUACCUGCUCUCCCAUAUAGCACCCAGGGUCGAACUUCCUGGAGAGCAUUUAGGAGAAUGGUUCCUUUUCCUCUGGGACCGAACCAGAGCCAUUCGCAAGGAAGUGACGCAGCAGGAGCUCUGCAACGAAGAUGCGGUUGUUCUCCUGGAACAAUGCGCUAGAUUCCACAUUGCCUGCGCUGCCAGACUUGCUGCUGAAAAUGUCAAAAAUUUUGAACCAAAGAUAAACACGGAGAAUUUGGCAAAAUGUCUGCAGACCUUGAAACAUCUGUACCACGACAUGAGUCUCGAAGGAAAAGCGUGUCAAAAUGAAGCAGAGUUCCGAGCUUAUAUAGUACUCCUCAACUUAAACACUGGGGAUGCUAUUUGGGAGGUCCAGCAAUUAAGCCCUGAUGUGUUAGCUUCAAUACCAGUGAAACAGGCCAUCAAAGUGUAUCUCUCUCUCAGCACACACAACUUUGUGGGCUUUUUUAAAAUGGUCCGCACCAUGGGUUUCCUGCCAGCAGCAAUUUUAAUGCGUUACUUCACUCAAGUCCGCUCAAAAGCCCUAGAAAUCCUAAUCAGGUCCUUCUGCCAUUCUGUCAAGUCUUCGUUCGCGUUUCCGUUGGAUAACCUGGUUAGACUGCUAGCAUUUGAAGACAUUUCCGAGGCAGCGGAGUUCUGCCAGCACCAUGGCCUGGACACAACUACCGACAUGGUCUUAUUUUCAAGAACAACCUUCAUGAAGCCAGAGACUAGCAUUCCCAUCCGGAGAGCCAAAAAUUUGGUUGAGAGUCAACUGCAAGUGACUUUUGCUGAGGCCAUCGCUGGAUAUCCCAUUGCCAGUUUCAAUAAAGAACCAAACAUGCCAGCGUCUAGUUUUGGCCCAAGAGGAACUUUGAAUCCUGAAAUUUUAGCAAGUCUGGAGGAAAUUUCUGUGGCGCAAAUGCCUUCGAGCAGCAACAUCACUCUUUCGAAAGGGAUUUUUUCCAGCCAGUCGCUCUUUCCACAGACAACGCAAAUGAUCUUCGGUCAAACUACACCAAGCAACGUCCCUGCAAGAACAAUUCCUACAACACCCCAGUCUUUGUUUGGACUGAAACCUGCUGCUAGAGAAGUGGCUUCGCACAUGGAUCCGCAAAAGGUUGCCCGAAUUGCAGAAGCAACUUGGGAAAGCAUUGUUACGAGAGGAGUUUCUUUAUUGGUUCAAGACACUGCAUCCAAAAUGCUUCGAGAUGCGAAGCGGCAGAAAAUUGCUCAUUCUAUCACGAAGACUCAUUUCAUCCAGACUAUCGACCAAUAUACCAAGGAAAUUUGCACUAGUGAGCUUGCAGUUGUCAAAAAAGAAGAAAAUUUGAGAAAACUGAAAGUAUUUGAACUAAAGCAGAGGGAAAAGAUGAGGGAAAAAGAAAUCGGCAAGAAGAGUGACCAGCUUGUGCAUCAAUUUGUAUAUCAGGUUGUUGCUGAAGAAGCACGGAGUUUGGCCUCUGCAGAAUUGCAACGGCAGAAGAUUCUUCACAACUGGGUUACAAACACAAACGCCAGGGUUACGGACGAAGCUCUGAAGGAAAUUGUCUGCAAGGUGGCUUCCGAGGAGCUGAGGGAGGCGCAAUUGUUGUGGAGGAAGCAAGUCCAGGAGUUGACGGAGAAACUUUUGCUGUGCAGGGCACGCCGAAUGUUGCUCAAGUGGAGAGACUUGAUGGUUAUGCUCAAGGAGCGAAGAGCCAAGAUGCAGCGAUUCCCAGCAGGAAGAUCUGUACUCAAUACUGCAGAUCAGUUAGCGGAAUUGAGCGUUGUCAGUCCCAAGCGGCAUCCAUUGUUUUGGACAAGGAAAGAGAUUCAAAAUCUGACAAGUUUCCAAACAACUGGAACUCAAAGCUUGCCUCUGGUGGACACCAAUUCCAUUUCAUCUAUGCUGAAAGUCGUCAACAAACCUGUCCCACUCCUCGUUGGGGACUACCAAGUAACUCCAACAGUGUGGCGACUCUUGGUCUCAAUUCCAUCAGCAGACUUCGAUCUGAGGACCUGGGCUGAGCUUUGCUUUGCUCGAGGUCGACUCUCUGAUCAAGGAGGGAGCACAACAUUUUUGUAUGAUGAUCUCAUAAUGACAUUUGAGCUGUCCAUUGGGUUGACGAGCACCAAAUGCACUCCUAAUGCUGUUGCGUUGGUGGUAAAAGAUCAAUCAGAUGCAGCUGACAGACUAGAGCAGCUACUCUUAGAGCCUCCACCAGUGCCUGUUGCCCUCCUUAUGCUUGGAGAUCAACCUCUGGGCAAAAAACUGGAAUGUGCCCUUCAACGUCUUAGCUCAGCUAAGGUGUUAUUUAAUGUCAACGUUUUUGUGUUGCCUGAAGAGCCAGAUUCCGCAGCAGAGAUUCAAGGAGCUCUGGAGUGGUUAGCUCAGAAGAGCAAAAACUCGGUCGAUUUUUAUGUGGUCACCACUGUGUCAGACCUCGUCUCCAGUAUAAUGCACGAGUCAUUUUGGCAAACUGUCGUUUUGGCAACUGGUCCCAAAACUCACCAGCAGAAUUCAGCUUUGCAGAAGAACCCAGUUAUGUGCCACGCGAUUACUAAUGCUGCACUUGAUCACUUGGCAAAACUGACUUUGGCCCCUGCGUUAUUACAACCAGAAGAAGAAUGCCUUUUAAAAAACAAAUACAAGUCUUUGCCAGCCAACUGGAACUCCUGGCAAUUUAGGCAAAAUGUUUCUCAGGCUAUUAACAAACACAAAUUGCCACCGCUGGACUUUGACAUUGACAAUUGCGACUGGCCUAGUGUUUUUGUCAUUUUGACAGAAUUUUGCAGAAAACUUCCAAUGGAGUCGUCACGCUUAAGCCUUUUAAUCAGCUGGACAUCUCAUCAAAUUAUUGCUUUAAGCAAAAACUACAGUGCCAGUCCAGACAGUUUACCAUGGCCCAGCCUUAUUGAGAAUAUCUGCAGUGAGUUCAUCGCCUCUCAAAAACUGACUGAUCCUCUCAGCCGAUCUGGAUCGGAAUUUACUUUUGCUAUUAGUAACAAACAACUGCUUGAAGUCUUGUCAUGCAAUUGGUGCCCGAAUGACUUGCUGCGACUUAUAAGACAAUUGUGUCAGAAGGCUUGUACUGCAAAUUUGGAAAACUCUGGUGAACAAAUAGGCUUGACAAAUGAAAGCUCUCAAAACAGACGAGUCCUGGAAGAUUUGCACAACAAACUUCAGUCGUUUCUUCUUGACCUCGAAGAAAGCAAGAAAGCCCAAGUUGAGCUGGAGAUGAAAAUAAAUAAUCUCUCCUAAUUGUUUUGUAAUCAGUUUCAAAUUGAGUAACACCCAAUUAUUUGAUGUAAGAUAAUAAAUUAAAACAAAAAGUUUUG